AUGGCAAAUCAAGUGAGGCCACCGAUGCACAACGAAAUGGCAAUAAACGCUGCGCAGGUAGUGGAGAAGGCUAACUUUGACCUGAUUCAUGGGGAUGAUGUUGCAGGCGUUGAGCAGGCUGAUGGCAGUGUUCUACUUGUACGGACGGCUAACGAGAGUAAAGUUGAUGCAGGCAUUGUAAUCUUGGCUAUUGGUGUGAGACCGGUCAACAAACUGGCCGUGGAUGUCGAGCUUGCAGGGAUAAAAUCGGGAUACGUUGCGGUAGAUGACCAUUAG